AUGGUUCUGACGAGCAACAACUGCAAGGCUUUAAAAUACGCCACACUCAGCUAUGUUUGGGGUCUUCCAGGUCCCGCUCCGGACAAUUCCCUUGUGCAACCGAAAGCUCAAGCUCCACAGACCAUCAAGGACUCAAUGAUGUGUACUCUAGCAUUGGGCAUGCGAUACCUCUGGAUUGAUCGUUAUUGUAUCGAUCAGGAUGACCCGGACACUAAACACCGUCUUAUCCAGCGAAUGGACCAAGUUUACCGCAAUUCAGCUAUAAAUAUUAUCAAUGCUGCAGGGGAAGGUCCCGACUGCGGCUUAUCUGGCGUGUCCGACCGCACACGUGGUAAACAAGAGUUGGUUGACGUUCAUUGUGUGAGAUACUCUACGUUGCCUUGUCCUAAGCAGGAAUUAGCCCAAUCCUCAUGGGCUAAGCGGGGUUGGACAUACCAGGAGGGCUUGCUCUCCCGCCGCAGGAUAGUGUUUACUCAGCGUCAAAUCUACUUCCAGUGCUUGCAAACUUAUGGGUGUGAGGCCAUUCCUGGGAUUUACAAGCUGCGAGUCAUCAAUGAAGAUAGCUCCAUGCAGGCUUUCCCGGUGCUCGUGAACGCACCAAGUGAAGGUUCCGAGCUGGAUCUGAGCAGUCGGAAGACGUGGAUUGGACUACGAAUCAAUGAGUAUCUCAAGCGGGCGUUAUCGUACGAAUCUGAUAUAAUGAAUGCAUUUAUGGGCAUGCUACGCCAGGCAUGGUUCUCACCCGAGCCUGUGUAUCACUUCUGGGGGUUGCCAUUCUUCUCGCACACCACAGGCGAUGAGCCAAUCGAUGCGGAUCUUCUGCAGGCGUUAAUAUGGAUAGCAGAGCUAGACCGACCAACCUCAGCAGAGCUGUAUCAACCAAACCUAGUAUCGAGGAGGUCCGGAUUCCCUUCGUGGACGUGGGCUGGUUGGCGAGGACUAAGCGGAUUCCGACAAAGCAGGGCCCUGCGCCUUGAGGGUGGCAUUGCAUUAGAGGAUUUAGCCCACAACCGAUUAACUCUCCAGGAAUACAUAUGCAGAAUGCGAAUUUCGUGGAACCUGCUCAUGUUCAAGCCUGUUCUCUACGUUACAGGCUGGUUUGCUACCAUUCAUAUCGACUUGAAGAAUUGGAGCACGGGAAUCACCACUGGCACAGACGAUGCAAACAACAAGUUCCAGUUUAAUCGAGUGCAUUUUAUCGAUAGAGCUGUCCCUUUGGAAGCUUCCACUCAGGAGGGAUCUCAAUCCCCAGCCACUGAAUGCCCCAUAACCAUGAUCAUGUUCACAAACAAGAAGGGUCAAGCGGACAAUCGUCAUGAAGGGGACGCAAAUACCUACGGCCUGUUUCUCACAGAGACCCUCGAAGGACAUUACGAAAAGGUGGGAGUGUUCGAUCUUGACGUGUAUCACCUACAUCUAGCUUUUGCACAUGAGGUUAGACACACGUUGGGUGAAAUCUUCGAGUUUAAGGUCCGAGCACAAAUCAAACCAUCAAAGAUCCGACCGCGAUGGGAUGAACAGUUUACGGGUAGACUGAAAGCCGAGUGGCAAACGCUUAAGCUCGUGUAG